UUCAUGUGUCUAAUUUGUGUACACAACUAUACAGACGCCGGGAAAAACUCAGCCGCCUUCUAAACGUUCACUUAGUCGGUGUUUUAGAGUCACGUAAUUGUGACAGAGAGCUACGUUGACCUAGCAACUGUUAGAUAACUUACGAGCGGUACAAGUAGACUAACUGAGCUGAAUUUCCUCUGCAGUGUGGGAAUGAAUGUUGACCAUGUCCUCCUUCUUGUCAGCCGCCCUUAGGCUCUCCUAGCUGGGGUGCAAAUACAUGGGGAACCGUAUCACCGGAAGAUGGAGGGUUUGACCGGGGGUUGUCAUGGCUGCUGUGACGGUGAGUCGUUACCCCAGCGGCCGUUACCUUGGAGUGUGGUGCCCGCUGCUGUGCCUCCUCCUCGGCUUGCUGGUGGCCGUCCUGAUGCCCCUGGUGGGGGAGGAGGACCAAUGCUGCGCCGCCCUGAAGGGCCUCUCUCAGAUCCGCUGCCAGCUGUGGGGAAACUCUCAGCAGCCUCCAGCUGUGCAGUCCACCAGCCUCACGGUCCCCUUCACUGCCCUUGAUGUGCUGCCUCUGAGGUCCAAGCCGAGCACAGAGAUGAAGCUUGAGGCCAAAGCGGCGCUGCAGCUGGCUCUUGAGAUGAGGAAGCUGGGGAAGAGGGAGAAGGCUCACAAGCUGCUGGUGCACGCACUCAGCAUGAAUCCAGACUUUGUGGACGCCCUAACGGAGCUGGGAACCAUUCUGGAGGAGGAGAAGGAUGUCGUCCAGGCAGACCACCUUUACACCAAGGCCUUGGCCAUCUCACCAUGUAACGAGAGAGCUCUGGUCAGCCGGGACCGAACUCUUCCCCUGGUGGAAGAGAUUGACCAGCGUUACUUUAGCAUCAUCGACAGUAAAGUUCGCCGGCUUAUGUCCAUACCUAAAGGCAACUCUGCACUACGCAGGGUGAUGGAGGAAACCUACUACCACCACAUCUACCACACGGUGGCCAUUGAAGGCAGCACGCUCACUUUGUCUGAGAUCCGCCACAUCUUAGAGACCCGUUACGCCGUCCCUGGGAAAAGCCUGCAGGAGCAGAAUGAAGCCAUUGGUGUGGAUGCAGCCAUGAAGUACAUCAACACCACGCUGCUGUCCAGAACAGGAACCAUGACCGUCAGUGACAUCCUGGAGAUUCACCGGCGGGUGCUCGGUUAUGUGGACCCCGUGGAGGGAGGCAGGCUGCGCACCAACCAGGUGUUUGUGGGCCACCACAUCCCUCCACACCCUCAGGACCUGCAGAGACACAUGCAGGAGCUGGUUCAGUGGCUCAACUCUGAGGAGGCCCUGCAAAUGCAUCCCGUAGAGUACGCGGCUCUAGCCCACUACAAACUGGUCUAUGUGCACCCUUUUGUGGACGGAAACGGACGCACAUCACGGCUGCUAAUGAAUCUUGUGCUCAUGCAAGCGCGGUACCCACCGAUCACUAUUCGCAAAGAACAAAGGGCAGAGUAUUAUUCAGCUCUAGACACAGCCAAUGAGGGCGAUGUACGGCCGUUCAUUCGCUUCAUAGCCAAAUGUACAGAGAUGACACUGGACACAUUGCUGAUUUCUACCACUGAGCCUGCUGUAGGGCUGCCGGGAGCCAGCCAGGACCACGCCUGCCUGGACUGCAAACAGACCAUCCCCAUUCACAACUGAGCUGGAGACGGGAGGAGAAUCUUCAAAAGCUCUUAAAAAUCAAUCGUAUCAUAUUGUGUUUUGAAUUGCCUCGUCCUUUGGCUAUAUCCCUUAUCACCCUCUGCUUCUGUUUGGUUCAUGGACUUGCUCCAUUGAUUGGGAUUCUGAAGGAUUUUGACUUGAAAAUUGAUUUUCCUGUGAAGGUUUUGCUUUUUACCCACUUUUAGUGUGUAACCAUGUCCCCAUAGGAGUUAUGAUGGAUCAGAUUACAAUCGGAAGUUUGACUACUGGUGAUGUGAGGAGGCAAGGCAGCUUUCUUAUGACAAAUUACUUGAGAUGCUUCAGUGCAGUGAAGUGUGUGUGUGUGAACAUUCAGUUAAUUGUCUACCUUUGGGAUGAAGGUGAUGUCCUGUAACACUGUAAAGUAUUUUUCAUGU